AUGUGUGCAUGGGCAUGUGGGCGUGGGUUAGUGAGAAGAGAAGAUUGCAACGUCAACGAAUGCGCUAUCAACAAUGGCGGCUGUGAGAAGGAUUGUAUCAAUACGAUUGGUUCUUAUUACUGCAGCUGUCCAAUGGGAUACGACCUUGAUCAGGACGGUAAAAAGUGUAUUGAUAUCGACGAGUGCCUGGACAAGAACGGCUACUGCGACUCGAAGUGUGUCAACACCCACGGUGGGUACAGGUGUGAGUGUCCCAAGAACCACAAGCUGCACGCCGACGGCCGCAGGUGCAUUGCAUUUACUGGCUGUAACCUGAACAAUGGAGGGUGCCAACAUAUUUGUGUUGAAGGCUACUCUGGUCACUUCCACUGUAAAUGUCGUGAGGGAUACCGGUUGGUGGAUGGCAAAACAUGUGAAGAGGAGAACCCUUGUCAGAGCAACAAUGGAGGCUGUGAACACAAGUGCACCAGUGAGAAAGGCAGAGCAGUCUGUCGCUGCUACCCUGGGUACUCUCUCUCACCCAAUGGCAAGAACUGUGAAGAUAUUGAUGAAUGUGUACAGAACAAUGCUGAAUGUCUGCACUCUUGCAUCAACACGGUCGGCUCCUAUGUCUGUGCUUGUACGCCAGGCUAUCAGCUUGGUGUUGAUGGUAAAUCUUGCUACCGUAUUGAGAUAGAGGUAGUGGACUAUUGUGCUCUCAGUAAUGGCGGAUGUGCCCACAAGUGUAAACACAGUGAACAUGGUCCCAUCUGCUCAUGCAGGCAGGGAUACAAACUGCAGGCUGACAGCAAAGCUUGUGAAGACAUAGAUGAGUGCACAGGCCCAGACAAAUGCUGCGCUGACCUCUGUAACAACAACCCUGGUGGCUACACCUGUGGAUGCAGAUCUGGGUUUUUACUUAACAUGGAUGGGUGUAACUGUGAUGAUAUCAACGAGUGUCUGAAUGACAAUGGAGGCUGCGAGCAGCUGUGUGUCAACGCUGUUGGGAACUACAGCUGCGUCUGUAACACAGGAUUUAUUGCUCACGGCAAGACAUGCAUUCCCACAGAAGCUCUUAUUGAUGACCCUGGCCCACAAAGAGGAGACCUCCCCAGGAUAAGGUUCCAGAACACACCCAAACCAAUCCCCGUUGAAAGUCCGGACCUGGUUGAUAGCUUUUCUCAAGAGUUAGCUGACCACCAGCACAUUUUUAGGUGUAUUAUGGGCACGUUUGGACCGGACUGUUUGUACACGUGUAAAAAUUGUGUCAACGGCGCCAAGUGUAAUGCCCAGCAGGAUGGCUGUGUGUGCAAGCCUGGGUGGAGAGGUGUGCUGUGUAAUGAAAAAUGUCUAGAGGGCACAUAUGGAAUUGACUGCAAUAGCAUUUGCCGAUGUAAGAACGGAGGAGAGUGCAAUCAUGUGACUGGUGACUGCAAGUGUCCACCUGGGAUAGAAGGGGAAUUCUGUGAGGAUGGAUGCCCACCUGGUUUCUAUGGCGACAAAUGUGACAAGAUAUGUCCCCAGCAGUGUGCCAGUGGCUACUGUAACAGGAAAUAUGGUUUGUGUAAUUGUAAGCCAGGAAAGUUUGGUCCAUCCUGCAACCAGCCUUGUCCCUUGUUUACAUUUGGCUCCAACUGUCUGCAGCAGUGUAACUGUAACACACACAACUCCGAGGGCUGUGAUGCAGAGACAGGGGCCUGUAUCUGUAAGCCUGGCUAUGUUGGAGACCUCUGCAAUCAGCAAUGUGAUGAGAACUACUUUGGCAAAAACUGUGAGAAAAAAUGUGACUGCUCCGCUGGUACUAAGUGCAAUCACGUGACUGGUCAUUGUUUGGUGGAGUGUCCAGCAGGAUGGACAGGGCCCAGAUGUACUGAAUCCUGUCCCCUGGGGAAACAUGGCAAGUAUUGCCUGGAAGAUUGUAAAUGUGAGAGCAACUCAUGCGACCCUGUGACUGGAAAAUGUAUUUGUCAUGCUGGUUUUCAUGGCAGAACCUGCCGGAAACCCUGCCCAGAUGGCAGCUGGGGUAUCAGCUGUAAGAACAAAUGUGCUUGUGAGAACGGCGCCACCUGCGACAGGAUUACAGGGGAGUGUCUCUGUCUGGAUGGAUGGUAUGGUCGUCACUGCCAUGAAGCUUGCCCCAAGGACAGGUUUGGACCCCAGUGCACCUCCAGGUGCAUGUGUGAGAAUGAGGGCAGCUGCAACCCACAAGAUGGCACCUGCACAUGUAAACCUGGGUGGACAGGACAGAUCUGUGACAGAGGUUGCCCACCAGGAACCUAUGGAGACGGCUGCUCCCAGAAGUGUGAGUGCCAGAACAGUGCUGACUGCGACCCAGUGACUGGCGAAUGUUUGUGUGUGCCAGGAUGGAGGGGACCAAACUGUGAUCAGAAGUGCCCUGAAGGCUACUAUGGCGCAGGCUGUAGCAAGCCGUGCAGAUGUCAGCAUGGCGCCACCUGUGACCACAUAGGUGGCGCCUGUAUGUGUACUGCAGGAUGGAGGGGCCGGCACUGUGAGAAAGCUUGUCCUGAUGGUUUCUAUGGCCUGGAGUGCCAGAGUAUGUGCAGCUGUGGGGACUGGGCCAGCUGCGACCCUGUGGAUGGAGCCUGCCACUGUGCUGCAGGCAGCAUGGGCAGUACCUGUAACCACACCUGCUCACCUGGCUCCUGGGGGCCGGACUGCGAGCAGACCUGUGAUUGUUUGAAUGGCGGCACCUGUGACCCUGUCACUGGCACGUGUCACUGUAAACCUGGAUGGAAGUCGGCCAAGUGUGAAGAGCCUUGUCCCAUGGGCAUGUAUGGCCAAAACUGUGUGUACAGAUGUUUCUGUAUGCACGGAGGAUCCUGCCAUCCUAUCAAUGGCACCUGUAACUGUACAGCAGGCUGGGAGGGUAUUGCUUGUGAGAAAGCCUGUGAGCCAGGUUUCUAUGGGCCCAACUGCCAGACACGCUGUAGUUGUGUCAAUAGCAAGUCAUGUGACCGUCACACAGGGGAAUGUGUUUGCCAGCCAGGGUACAGAGGGCGCCAGUGUGACAAGCCCUGCCUGAGAGGUUUCUAUGGGAAGGAAUGUAAAGAAGUUUGCCAGUGUAAAAAUGAUGCUCUGUGUGAUCAUAAGGAUGGCAGAUGUUCCUGUAAGAUGGGCUGGACCGGCAAACUCUGUGAAGAUGCCUGUCCUUAUGGCCGGUUUGGUCUGAACUGUAAACAAGAGUGCCAGUGUGGGGCUGACAAGACCUGCUACCACGUGGACGGGAAGUGUGAGUGUCCACCUGGUCUCACAGGCAAGAGAUGUGACCAGCCGUGUCCUCAGGGAACAUACGGGGCUAACUGUCAAGGCAUCUGUCAGUGUGAGUCCCAUAUGGCAUGUGACAGUGUCAGUGGCCAGUGUAUGUGUAGGACUGGAUUUUACGGACAAAGCUGUGAAAAGGAGAGGAAGAAAGGCAAAAAUGGGGUAAAGGGUGUUAAAGGCAGGAAGACCAGCUACAAGUACAGGAAAAUGCUGAAAGACAAGAAUGCAUUGAGUAGUCUUAAAGCAGCAUCUUGGGUUUUUGGCUGCAAGGAAGGAGAGUAUGGUCCCAACUGUGACAAGCUCUGCCAGUGUGAGAACGAUGCAGACUGUGACAUGUCCACUGGGGCUUGCAUCUGUCCAGAGGGCUACAUCGGCACCACCUGUGGGGAGAGGUGCCCAGAAAACAGAUAUGGUUUUAACUGUACUGGGGUCUGUGACUGUCAGAAUGGAGCCCGCUGCAAUAAAAGAUCUGGACGCUGUAAAUGUUUGCCUGGAUACAGGGGAGAAAAAUGUCAAGACACGUGUCCUGACGGGACAUAUGGUGAGGACUGUAAGCACAACUGUUCGUGUGAGCACGGAGACUGCAGUCACGUGAACGGCGCCUGCAGCUGCCAGUUGGGCUGGACAGGCAAGAAGUGUGACCAGCAGUGCCCGGCUGGCAAGUUUGGCCCAGACUGUGUCCACUCUUGUGUCUGUCAGAAUGGGGCGUCCUGCGACCCCACCUCAGGCUGCUGUACCUGCCAGGAGGGGUAUUACGGCCAGAUGUGCGAGUUAGAAUGCCCACCUGGAACUCACGGCAACUACUGCACUGAGCGCUGUGAUUGUGUGAACGGUGCAUCCUGUCUGCCCACGACUGGUCAGUGCAAGUGUCCAGCCGGCUAUACAGGAGACAGGUGUGAGAAAUCAUGUCCGAAGAACCGGUGGGGUCUGAACUGCAGGGAGGAAUGUUCUUGUGGUGAUGAUGCUGGCUGUGAUUCUGUGACUGGUGCUUGUCAGUGUCAGCCUGGUGUCAUGGGAGAAACAUGUGAACUAUCCUGUCCAUCAGGACGCUAUGGACCCAGCUGCUCCUAUUUCUGUGAUUGCUCCAACAAGGGGACCUGUGAUGCUGUGUCUGGUAGCUGUACAUGCUAUGAGGGCUGGGUUGGAGCACGGUGCCAGACUAUGCAGAAGAAGGAGCAGGAAAUACAAGCUUCCCCACGGGGCCAAGACGAGGUGACAUUCCAUGGGCAGUCAACUACAGCUAGUGAUGGGAACCAGUCAGGUAGAAGAGCUGAUGCCAACAGUAUUCAUGCUAGCCCUGGUGCAGUCGUCCAACGGAACUCUGACCAUGAGAUCAACAGAGCUGGCACUAUCAUCACUUUUGAUUUCAACCAAGGUCAUGAUGUGAUUUUAGGCAAGGGUGAUGCUGGUGUCAAGUUGGGCAAAGGUGGUGGUGGUGGUGUUAGGUUAGGCAAAGGUGAUGGUGUCAGUGUGUUGGGCACUAGUGACAAUCCUAUUCAAACUUACACAGAGGGUACGGUAGACCGGGGCACCACAGAUCUUGAUGUUUCUUUAGAUAGUUUUAGCGGUAGCGAAGACACUGAAAUCUGAAGUGGUUGAUUUGUUCAUAUCGCUAGUGCUUUCAUUUGUGAGACUUCAGUCAUUUAGUUAGUCAUUCCUUGCGAGAUUAGAUCUUAGAAGUUUAUUAUUUUUGUGUAUUGUAUUUUAAUGUAUUUUUAUGUACAGUGUUAUUUCCUGUAUCAAAUUUAGUUCAUUAUCUAUUACAAUCAUUUAGUACUCUAUGUAUUAAAUAAUUUUGCAAGGCAGAUCUUCAAAAAAUGUCCUCUAAAUUAUUGAUCAUAACUGAGAAAGUAAAGUAAUUUAUUUAGUAGGACAUUUAGCUCUGCUUCUAGUUGUCUUACUAUUUCAUAAGAUUGUUUUUAUUUUUGUUGCUUACAUUUUGACUUCAAAUGUUAUUGAUAGUAAAUUAUUUCUAACAAUUUGACUUCACAAAUGUUAUUCAUAGUAAAAAUUAUUUCUAACAAUUUGACUAGGCUGUUUUUCAUCUGCCAAAGUUUUAACUUACCUGUGUAUUUAUCAUGUGCGCACAUUGUUUUAUUAACCUCAUUUAAUCAAUUAGUCAAAUAUUUUUAUCUAGAUGUAAUGUUUUUUAUCUGACUGGGUUUUGAGUGUGACCAUGUAUUUACAGUUUUAUGCUCAAAGUAUACAGUAAGACGACAUGGAUCACCAUAUGAUUUAUUUAUUUUACAACCAGAUAAACUCAAAGCAACUUUAAUUUUAAGUUCAAUCAAAGUUUUGAUUUAUUGUAAAUUCCAUUUUAUUUUUCAUUGUUUUUAAAUAUAUUCAUUUUCUUCAUUUUAUUUAAAAGCAAAUAAUUCUCACUUCAUUUAGUGUCUUAUCCUUAAAACCGUACCCAAAAGAAUAAAUUUUAAUCUUUAAAUGGUUUUUUUAAAACGAUUUCAAUAUUAUGACUCUUUGUUAGUGUACCAAGUUUCAAUAAUUAUUAGAUGUAAAAGAUGUAUCCAUUGUUAUUACCAGUUAUCUCCCUUCUUUUUAUUACUAGUUUAUGUCUUGAUUAGAUGGUGGUAUAUAUUUACUUUUAGUCUUUCCUGCCAUUAACCACUGUAAAAAUUAUGUUUUUCACACACUUUUGUAUUUAAUUAUAAUGUAAUUGAUGGCUAAAACAUCUAAAUUCUGUGUGAAUUAACUUCAUACCGAAAAAUAUUCUUCUUUCCUUUGAAGAAUUUUAUCUUUCUUUUUUUAUCCGCCUUUCCAUUCCCAAGUUUAUUUAGAAGAUAUAAAAUAGACCUUAAAAACUUGGAUAAAUUAGUAUUUAUUAGUUGAUAAAUUUAAACCCUCAAUUGAAUCUCUUUUUAAAAAAAAAACAUUACAUGCUUUGAUUGUUUAUUGAAUCUUGUAUAUUUGUAAAUGUCAAUUAUGUGCAAUUAGAUGUUUCAUCUAGAUACAUCGAGCAAAACAAUUCGUCACAUGCUGAAUUAGUUUUUGGACUCUGAUUUUAAAACGUCCUUGAAUUAUUUUAUUUUUAAAUUAAAAUAAGAUGCUUAGACGCAGAAUUUUUUUCUUCUUCUAAAUUUAAAGGAUGUCUUUCAAUGUGUGCGAUUUCUUGUUCAAUGUAAUCGCUCACUCACACAAGACGUGAUCUAAUUAAAACAAAUUCUGUAUUUCUUAAAAAAAAAGUCUUAAUGAAAUCUUGGCCAAUAUAUAGUAACUUCUAUCAUCUGUUCCUAUUCUGGACAGAUGAACUCAAUCACCUGGAAGUCAUGUCUUUCCUACUAUCAUUAACUUAAUCUGUUUACUUUAUCAAAAGAAAGAUUGGGACAAUAAUGCAAUCUUUCAAUUACUUUUUUUUUUCUUAGUAUUUUAAUUGUAUUUUAAACUUAGCAAGGUGAAAUAUCUAUUUAUGAAAAUUUUCCUUUAGUUAAACUAGUAUUUGAGACAAUAGUUUUUGUAAAACAUGAUAUUAUUUACUGUGUGUGUGAAUGAUUGAAAAUGUUUGUGUACUUUGCUAUCUAAAAUUUUGAAAAUAUCAAAUUUGUAAGAAAAUUUAGACUAAUGUUGAGCAAAUAUUGUUUGUAGUUGCAGGCUUAACAGUGUCAAAUGGUGAAAAAAUGGGAUUGUCUACUUUUGUUCAUUGAAUGAUCUUAUUCAUCAAAAUAGAUGUAAAUUGA